CUGCAUGCGACAUUUGGCGGGAAUACUAAGGAUUGUGUUGACUCUGGUAGAAGUGGUUCUACUUCCAGGGAGAAUGGGGAGAAUGGAAUCAUGGUUGCAAAGUGGUUUGCAAAGAGAUUUUUUGUGAUUGAAGCAUAAUUGAAGAUAAGAAACUGAUUAGAAGAAUAAAAUAUGAUAAAGUUGCUCUUGACCUGCUUACAGUGGGAAAGGCAUGCAAUUGUAUGAUGAGGUUGACAGUCAGGAGCAGAGAGGCCGGCAUUUGUGGUAGGGGAGCAGGAACAGACAGUCUACUGGAAAUUAAAAUGGAGGACGCUAAUCCAGACAAACCUUCGAGAAUUAACACUGCAGUGUCUGCAGACACUAAAAAAGUGUCCAUGUCGGUCGAUGGAACAUACGAUGCCACCCAAUCCAGUCCAAAGACUGAAUCAAAAAUGAUGUCCUUAAAGCCUCCCAGUGCCUCCCACGAGGAGGAUAGUUCAUUGGACGGCUAUGACCCUGGUCAGGAAGCCACAGCCCGCUCGUCCCCCUAUCACCUGUCGGAUGGGGCCCUCUCUGGUCACACAGAGGAACACUGCACCUGGGACAGGCAGAUAGAGUACAUCCUGGCCUGCUGUAGCUUUGUCAAUGGAAUAGACACAUUUCUUUGGUUUCCAAAGACAGCAGCAUCCUAUGGAGGAGGUGUAUUCUUUGUGAUUUACCUGUUACUGACUCUGACCUGUGGAUUUCCAAUACUUUACAUGGAGACUAUACUGGGACAGUAUGCUAGAGGGGGCCCAGUCAUAUCCUGGGAUGUGAUACCAAUGUUCAGAGGACUUGGAGCAUCUGUGGUGAUUGUGUCAACCUUUAUAAGCCUGUACUAUGGAACACCAGUUAUGUGGGCAAUGUACCUUCUGGUCCAGCCCAUACAACUAGCCAGUACCUGUAACACUACUGGAGACAUUCCUUGUUCUUCAAACAUCAUGCAGGACAAAAUGAUCUUAACUUCCAACAUUUCCAAAAGUUCACCAAGUACAGGAGUGACAAACCUGCUAACAACCUCCCAGAACCUCUACCUAUAUAAAGAUGUAUUGCAAGUAUCUGAAGGGAUAGGUCACAGCGGCCAUCUUGUUUGGUACUUUGUUGUCUGCCUUGUUCUAUUUUGGUCUUUAGUAUUUACCAUCCUCAUCCUGGGACCAAGAUCUCUAGGAAAAGUGGUAUAUUUGACUUAUGGACUGGCACAGAUCCUGGCAGUGUCCCUGAUGAUCCACUUCUGUUCACAGGAGGGGGCGAUUCUGGGGGUGAAGUUCUUCCUGAAUAUGAAAUGGAACGUUCUAGGUAAUCUGGAGGCUUGGGUGGAUGCAGGGAAGCUGAUGUUUGUCUCGCUAGGCCUGGGCACUGGCUCCAUUACAUCGCUGGCGGGGUACACACACUUCCACAGCCAUUGCUUCAGGAACUCCUUGCUGACUAUCAUGGCCCAUUUGGUUGGUAUGCUGAUCAGUGGGUUCAUUACUUUUGCUGCCCUGGGGAUCAAUGGACAUACCGACAGUGACUCCAUCAAUGGGGAAAACAUGACAGGGCUUGACUUUGGAUUCACACUUGUAACAUCGGUCAUCUCUAAGUCCAGUGAUUCCAAUAUGUGGAAAUUCCUGUACUUCCUGAGUCUUAUUCUGUUUGGUGUGGGCACACAGUGUGUGUACAUACAGAACAUUGUGUCUGCUCUGCUGCACUUCCUGCCAGAUAGAUGGCGCUUCAGAUGGAAGUUUAAAUGCUCCAUGUUAGCAGCAGUUUGUGUUGUUGCCAUGGUGAUUGGACUUCUGCUAGCAUCACAAGGAGGGUUGUUUGUGUAUUACUACUGCCAGCACUACGUUGGGAGACUGUCCCUGUUCAUUAUCACGCUCUGUGAGUGUGUGACUCUGGCCUGGGUGUACGGGGCUCAGAGACUCUGGAACAACGUGUCCGACAUGACCGGAACCACGGACAGUCCCUGGUGGAAACUGACCUGGAAGUUUCUCACUCCCCUUGUUAUCUUUGUGUUGAUUGUUUUGACUGCCUUCCAUCAUCACCCUCUCAGCUACAUGCUUUAUGAGUUUCCUCUGCUGUCCCACUGUCUGGGGUUGGUGAUAUCAGUACUGCCUAUCAUACCAGUUCCUGCAUAUGCUGUGUGGAGUGUUUGGAAGAAGGAAGGAAGUAUCAAAAAUAGGAUUAAAACUUCAAUCAUAACAUCAUCUAGCUGGGGACCAGGUCAACUAGCCAAUCAGGAACCAGGAAAUGAACUUCCCGAUUAUGUAAUAUGCACACCUGACAAUCACAAACCUGAGAAUGCUUUGGCCAUCCUCACCGCUAAUUUGUUCAUCCCAAAUCUGACCAAUCUCAUUACAGCUCAGGUCGAUCCUAAUGAAGAUCCAGAGAUGAGUGGAGGCUACUUGACAGAUUUGAUGACAGUGGACAAUGGGGACAGUGACGAAGAGGAAGAAGCGAGUUACCGUGGCAACUGGAGCAGUCGCAUGGACUUUGUGCUAUCCUGUCUGGGUUAUGUGGUGGGACUAGGCAAUGUCUGGAGGUUUCCGUAUCUGGUCUACAGAAACGGAGGCGGAGCGUUCUUCAUCCCUUACAUCAUCAUGUUGAUAUUCUGUGGGAUUCCCCUGCUGUACAUGGAGCUAGCCUUUGGACAAUAUGCCAGUUUGGGACCUACAACUGUAUGGAGAGCUGUACCCAUCUUUAAAGGCAUUGGUAUAUCCAUGGUCCUGGCCUCCACACUGGUAGGGAUCUACUACAACAUGGUCAAUGCCUGGGCCUUCCACUAUCUCUUCUCCUCCAUGAUGGCCGCCCUGCCCUGGCUUACCUGUAGCAACCCAUGGAACCAAGACACAUGCAGUUUGAACAAGUAUGAAAUCACCAACUGCUCCUGGUUGAACAUAUCACAUCUGUAUGAACCAACAGUGAAUAACAUCUCCUGUGUGGAGACUUUACUGAACUGCUCAUUGACCAAUCAAACGAUGCGAAUGAAUAACCCAGUCAUAUCCUGCAUCAGCGAGCUGAGGGACAGGGUGGGAGACAGCAUUUUCCUCAACUCCUCUUGGGUCAACUCAAGGAAGCUGACCAGUCCCAGUGAGGAGUACUUCUACAACAGAGUACUAAAGCGUUCCAGUAGCAUGAGUGACCUAGGCAGCGUGCAGUAUGAACUGGCUUUAUGUCUUCUGCUCUGUUGGGCCAUUGUGUUCAUCUGCCUCGUCAAGGGAGUCCGCACCUCAGGAAAGGUGGCAUACUUUGUGGUCAUUUUCCCAUUCCUUAUUAUGCUGACUCUCCUGAUUCGGGCUCUGACCAUGGAGGGAAACAUGACUGGGAUCAAGUUCUACGUUACCCCCAAGUGGGAGAAGCUCCAGGAGCCCAGCGUGUGGGCGGACGCGGCGGUGCAGGUCUUCUUCAGUCUGUCUGUCUGUAUGGGGGGAUUGACCACUCUCGCCAGUUACAAUAAAUUCCAUAAUAACAUUUAUAGUGAUGCUAUUUUGAUAUGUUUGGGUGAUACCCUUAUGAGUGUGUUGGCUGGAUUCUCGGUGUUUGCCAUGAUGGGCGUCCUUAGCAACGAACUUGACACAGAUAUCGAGAAGGUCAUAACAUCAGGGAUAGGACUGACCUUUGUGGUCAAUCCGGCGGCCAUGUCCUACUUCCCUGUCGCGUCGCUGUGGUCCAUCCUGUUCUUCCUGAUGAUCAUCAUGCUGGGACUAAGCACCCAGUUUGUCACCAUCGAGACUGUCAUCACUGCAAUCAUGGAUGAAAACAUAUCUGUCUUCCGGGGGAAGAGAAUCGUGGUUCUGUUCCUUGUUUGUUCUGUCCUGUUCUUUCUUGGAUUACCCCUGUCUACACAGGGUGGGAUCUAUGUUUUGACCUUAAUUGAUGAGUAUGCAGCUGGUUUUGCCACUAUGAUAAACGGCAUAUUUAUGUGCAUCGCCAUUGGAUGGGUGUAUGGUGUGCGACAGUUCUGUUCAGACAUAAAGCAGAUGAUUGGUCACUCGGUAGGAUACUGGUGGAAGGCAAUGUGGAAGGUCAUCUCGCCCAUCAUCAUCACAUUCAUCAUCAUAUUUUCUGCCAUUGGUUACAAGUCUUUAUCAGACAAGUACAAUACCCAGAGUUAUCCGCCCUGGUCUGAGGUCCUGGGCUUCAUCAUCACAAGCAUUCCUGUGUUAGCCAUUCCUCUCUGGAUAGUGUGUAAACUGGCACUCGGCAAAGGGCAAGUUUUCAAGAGAGUAAAAAAGUUGUGUCAGGCAGAGUCUAGCUGGGGUCCAGCCCUGGAGCAGAACUGGAAGAACGUGGAGUAUUACCCAGCAGUCAACACCACCACACUGGCUGUGGACGUCGGGAACUCCCCUCUCCACACAGUGACAGACCAUGUGGAUUUUACAACUGUUGGUGUGAAGGUUCCUAGUCUUUCCUCCCAAGCUAGCUUGUUGCCUAAAUCCCUCUCCCCCAAGAAACCCAGAGACAUGAGAGAAAGAGCCAUACUAAACCAUGCCUACAGCAACCCCCAGUGCCAUCAAUCUAUUGUAUCAAUAGAGAAGGCAGUGGCAUGUGGACCCAAUGAGCCGAUGUAUGCAGACACAGAUGUGUUGAUUGUACAGAAGGCAUCAAAGAAGUCUGUGGAGAUGAAAGACAUGGCAACACAGACUGACCCUGUCAUUAAGAAGCACCCAUCUACCUCCUGUUCAUAUAGCAGCACCCCAAAAAAGCCAGAGUCCAAUAAUCAACCAGGUCCAAAUCGUCUCACAGAGUCAGACUUACCAUGUUGUUCCACAAGUCCUAUAGUUCCUAAUCCAGGAGACCCAACAGAUGUAAGGCAUUCCUUGAACCAAGCAGAAGAGCCAGUAUCUACAGAUGAAACUGAUCAUUGUGAGCCCAAUUAUAAUGCAGUAGCAGGCAGUAACCUUUCAUCAAAUGGUUCACACAUCCAAACCAAUUCUUCCUCUGAAUUCCAGAUUCCUCACAAAAUGACUGAUCAGACAGACAACACAGUGCCCCCUGUCCAAGAUAUUCCAGUUUGUUCAUUGGUUCAGACUAGUCCACCAUUGUGUGCUGACAAAUUGGCCAAUGACAGUCCAGCCGUUCUUCAAGUGGAAGUCACCAAAUUUUGAUCACAUGCAAUACAAACGAAAAAAAGAUGGCCAUUCGUACAAAACUUCAGUAUGAUUUAUUGAUGGUGUCAUGUCAUGGCAUUAUCAAACAUUUCUGUCUUCCAAAGGAAACUUCAAUCACGAAAAUGUUUUACAUACCGGUAUACAUUUUUGACAAUGAAUGCAAAACCAAAUGCAAUUUUAGAAACAAAUGGACGUAUGUGUACUGUGUAGUACAUACACUCCACACUGUGUAAGAUUCCUUGCCAGAUCCAAGUUUUUAUUGUAUUGUUGUAUCAUUUCUUUUUUUUAAACAAUCAAGAAUAUCUGUGAACAUGAAUGCAACCAUAUGGUACAUAUCAGCAACUUUUGUGCAUACCAGUUUGACAAAAACAUAUUCUUCUUUUCAUUACAUGUCCAUGCAGUUCUCAUCAUGAAAAACAAUUGUUGUUGACUUCAUUUAGUGAUAAUUUCAUACAAACCUGGUAUUUGAUUCCAUAUACAAUGUAUUGAUGUGUUAUAAUUCUGCAUUUAUGUGUUAACCUUUGUUCAUAUACAUUAUUAUAGAACUGUACUUCCUGUUCAAUCACCACACUUGAUGAUUUCUUGGCUUAUCUACAGGAACUACAGUUCUGCAAAUACAUGUAUAUCAUAAGUUUCUUUAUCAUGUAUCAUUAGCUCUUACAAUGGAAGUGCUUUUGCCGACAUGCUUUGUUACACCAAGGUUCAAGUUUUUUACAUUGACUGUAUCAGUUGAUUAUUAUGUAAAAAAAAAAAAAAAAAAAAAGACUUACUGAACGUGAUAACUUUUUUGUUUUACAUUGUACAAUCUGUUUAUUUUUAUGAAUCAUACUUUUUUGUAUGAACAUUGUUGAUUGUGUAUAAAUACAUUUCCAACCCA